AUCAUCACACUCGGUCUUUACCACUCGGUAUCUAAUACUCACAGUCGCUUCAUUCUAAUUUCUACACAAUCUUUUGAUAAUGCGUUCCUUCAUCAUCAUCGGAGCUGCUGCUCUCGCCGCAGCGUCUCCCGCACCACAAGGCAUCGACUUCAACCAACUCAAUGCCAUCGUCAACAAUGGCCCCAAGGGUCCCCCAAUGGGUGUAGUUAGCCAGUCGGCUUACCACCAGGCCGAGGCUCAGAACAAAGCCGCUUCCGCCGUCACUGGUGUUGCUACUGCUAAGCAGGCCAAGAGGGAUACUUCUGCCAACCUCGAGUCUCGCAGCCCUACCUUCUGGGGAUUGUUCGGCUCUCCCUCUUCUGGAGGUUACGGUUCUUCAAACGGAGGCUACGGAAACACACCUCCCCCUCCCCCUCCAGCUGGAAACGGUGGCUAUGGCAACACACCUCCUCCUCCCCCUCCUCCUCCAGCUGGAAACGGUGGAUACGGAAACACACCUCCCCCACCUCCCCCUCCUCCAGCUGGAAACGGUGGAUACGGAAACACACCUCCCCCACCUCCCCCUCCUCCAGCUGGAAACGGUGGAUACGGAAACACACCUCCCCCACCUCCACCUCCUCCAGCUGGAAACGGUGGCUACGGAAGCCCUGCUCCUGGUCCUGCUCCUGGUGGUCAAGGUCCUGCUCCCGGUCCAGGUCCCGCUCCUGGCCCAGUUCCUGCUCCCACCCAAGGCUCAGGCCCUGGUUACGGCUAUGGAAGUGGUUACGGAAGUGGUUACGGAGGUGGUAACUCUACCGCCCCUACAAACACCGUUGUAGUCCCAGCUCAGACUCCUUCCCCAACACCAACACCAACACCCGCUGCUACUACCCGAACCUUCAGCGCGGGCGAGAGCACCAACUUGGCUCCUUCAUCCUGCACACCAGUCAGCUGGACAAACACUUUCGCUUUCACCUCCGCCCCAGCAUGCGCUACAGCGAUCGAGGUCGGUACUUUCUGUGGAUUUAUCAACCCCGAAGACCCAUGCGCUGCUCAGCCCAACGCCUACGGCCCAUCUCAAAACUCCCCCGAUACCGCCGAGGCUUUCAAGAGCAACUCUGUCUACCAUGAGCUCGCGACUUCUGCCAAGACUCCUUCCGGUUACGAGCAGGCUUUCUCAGACUUGAGCGCCUCCGUUUCUGGCAGCGGCUACCUUGGAUACUACGAGCUUGAGAGCUACGACACUGCUGCGUGCGCUGCCAAGUGCGAGAGCACUGCCACCUGCACUGGUUUCGACCUCUUCAUUGAGCGUGACCCUAAGUGGAACCCGCGCCAGUGCUCUUGCACCAAGCCCGACUCUGUCACCCGCUUCAAGUGCACUCUCUGGGGUCAGGAUGUUACCAAGGCGUCUGCUACCAACAACGGUCAGGACCAGGACGGCUUCGAGGUUGUCAUUGUCGGUUCCAACGGAUACAACAAGAAGACCUACACUCCUCCUACUCCUCCUUCUUGCAGCAAGCCUCAGUCGUGCGGACACAAGCUUCACAACCAGCAGCCAUACUGCAUGGGUCAGAGCACCUUCCCCGGUCCUUUCGACCCUUCGCUCUGCGCGGCAUAUGCCCAGAAGCAGAACUCUGUCAACCGCAAGGGUGGCAUCAUUGGCGCCUUCCUUUCCAUGUUCGGCAUGAACAAGGGUGGCUGCGUCCAGUUCCAGGCUGCUUACCUCGAGAAGGACGGUGUCGGUUUCGGUACCCACUGCCGUCUUUUCACCAAGAAGUUCGUCGCCGCACAGGCCAACCUCGAGAUCAACACUGCUGGAUGGGGAUGCCAGAAGUCCUUCACCUUUGACCUUGACGUCAACGCCAGCUUCAACUGGGGCGGAUUCUCCCUGAAGCGCGAAGAGUAAGCUUUGGCUACUCGCAUCUCCAUGACUCUUUUCUUCGAUGAUGUUGCAUGGUAUCGCAGACCUUUCUGCAUUUCUUCAUUACAUAACAUUUUCUUGGCUUUACUUUGGGCACCAAAAGCUCGCUGCAGAGUCACUCCUUAGCACAUUUUAGCAUACCAUUAGACAUAAUGUAACGAUCUUUGACUUCAA